CCCUUCACCGUCAGCGUGCCUCCUCCCACGGACUCUCUCCAGGCUGAGCUGCUCCGCGGCUCCGCUUGCUUUGGGGUUUUGCAACUGGCUGCUGGCUUUUUUCCCCUCCCCUGUCUCGGUCUCUCGUUCUUCUUUUAGGUUGCUCCACCCCGCUCAGGAUCAGGCGAGGGGGAACCAGCCUGACUGCAGCUGCCAACUCCCGCCGAGUGCAUCUGCGAACUCCCGGAGCGGAGUCCCGCCGGCCGCCACCUCCCCGCGGGACGCACUCUCCUCGCUCCCACGGGCCCCGCGUCCUCCCCCCGGCCACCCUUCCCCACUUUUCCCCCCUUUUCCAAUCACAUGGCAUUUUAAGAAUGCCAGAAAGAUGGCGGUAGCGGCGGCGGCGGCGGCGACUGGGCCGGCUGGCGCGGGAGGCGGCCGGGCGCAGCGGAGCGGACUCCUGGAAGUUUUGGUGCGGGAUCGCUGGCACAAAGUUCUGGUGAACUUGAGCGAGGACGCCCUGGUUCUGAGCAGCGAGGAGGGCGCUGCGGCGUACAACGGCAUCGGGACCGCCACCAAUGGCUCGUUCUGCAGGGGCGCCGGUGCCGGGCACCCGGGCGCGGGCGGCGCGCAGCCCCCGGACUCGCCCGCCGGGGUCCGCACCGCUUUCACCGACCUGCCCGAGCAGGUACCCGAGUCCAUCUCGAACCAGAAGCGUGGCGUGAAGGUGCUGAAGCAGGAGCUGGGCGGGCUGGGGAUCAGCAUCAAGGGGGGCAAGGAGAACAAGAUGCCCAUUCUCAUCAGCAAGAUCUUCAAGGGGCUGGCGGCGGACCAGACCCAAGCCCUGUACGUGGGCGACGCCAUCCUGUCCGUGAACGGAGCCGACCUGCGGGACGCCACCCACGACGAGGCGGUGCAGGCGUUGAAGCGCGCGGGCAAGGAAGUGCUGCUGGAAGUGAAGUACAUGCGAGAAGCCACGCCUUAUGUGAAGAAAGGAUCCCCAGUAUCUGAGAUUGGGUGGGAAACACCUCCGCCUGAAUCCCCUCGGUUAGGGGGCAGCACCUCAGACCCCCCGUCAUCGCAGUCCUUCUCCUUCCACAGAGACCGGAAAAGCAUCCCCCUCAAAAUGUGCUACGUCACUCGGAGUAUGGCCUUGGCCGACCCUGAGAACAGGCAGCUUGAAAUCCACUCUCCAGAUGCUAAGCACACCGUGAUCCUAAGGAGCAAGGACUCAGCCACCGCCCAGGCAUGGUUCAGUGCCGUCCAUUCCAGCGUUAAUGACCUGCUGACCCGAGUGAUUACUGAGGUCAGAGAGCAGCUGGGGAAAACAGGCAUUGCUGGGAGCCGAGAGAUUAGGCAUCUUGGCUGGCUUGCAGAAAAGGUGCCAGGGGAGAGCGAGAAACAAUGGAAACCAGCCCUGGUUGUGCUGACUGAGAAAGACCUUUUAAUCUAUGACAGCAUGCCACGGAGGAAGGAAGCCUGGUUCAGCCCAGUUCACACAUACCCUCUUCUUGCCACCAGGCUGGUCCAUUCAGGUCCAGGAAAGGGAUCACCCCAGGCUGGUGUGGAUCUGUCCUUUGCAACGCGAACUGGUACCAGGCAAGGGAUUGAAACACACCUCUUCAGAGCAGAGACCAGCAGGGACCUCUCCCACUGGACAAGGAGCAUAGUACAGGGUUGCCACAAUUCUGCUGAACUCAUUGCUGAAAUCAGCACUGCUUGCACCUACAAAAACCAGGAGUGCCGUUUGACCAUACAUUAUGAGAAUGGAUUUUCUAUUACCACUGAACCACAGGAGGGUGCCUUUCCCAAGACCAUCAUACAGUCUCCUUAUGAAAAGCUCAAAAUGUCUUCAGAUGAUGGAAUCAGGAUGCUGUAUUUAGAUUUUGGAGGCAAAGAUGGAGAGAUUCAACUGGACCUUCAUUCCUGCCCCAAGCCAAUUGUUUUCAUCAUUCAUUCCUUCCUGUCAGCUAAGAUUACAAGACUGGGCUUGGUGGCCUGAAGACAGAGGCAACUUGCCUUUGAGAAAAGAAGGGCUGCAAUGCCACCAGAGAACGUGACGUCAGACACCAUCUGUAGUGAGCAGCGCACCAGAUGUAGCGUGCUACAGUCAGCUUUAGCUCUCAAGAGUCAUAUGUAACUGUCCCAGACUCUUCUAUCAGUUUCAGCAACUACAAGGGAUACCCUGCGAAAGUACCAUGAGAAAUAUCAGAGUAAAACUUUCUAGAACAGUACAAGGUUAAAGAGGUGAGGUGAUGGGAAAAGCACAGCAUAGCUUUGAAAUAAUGACAACCAAGGACAUGUCCAUUAGAACAGCAUGUGCAGAUCUUAAUCAUCCCAGUUCCUAGGCAGCUUGUUCACCAGGUACACAAGGGCCGAAUAGUUGAGAAAUGGCCAUUUUUACCUACUCCUCCUAGCCCCCUAUCCCCAGUAACAGUGAUCCCUUUUCUUAUUGUGAUUUAUUUCCUAAUUCUUGCUGAGUUGACUUUCCCUUGUAGGAAAAGAAAAAAUAUUUCAAAUAGAAACCCACCUUUCAUUUAAGUAUGAAGCAGCUGUUACUUUACAAAAAAUGAAUUAUCUUUCAAUGGUGUAGAAUGAUUCCAAAGUGUCUCCAUUAGCAUAUACUGAGUAGGAAUUAAAUAAAGCAUCAGAUACUGAUCUGAGCUGUAAGCUAGUAGAAUCUGAGCCAAAGUAGACUGCUUAAAUUGAUAAGCUUUGCUAAAGAGUUGUAUGCACAAAGGAUGAUUAAUUCUGGGACUAUACUCACACCAACGUCUGCUGUCUUAUAGCCAAGAAUUACAGCUUUAUUUAUAGAGAGUGAAUUAUGGGUAUUUUUUCAGAAAAUAUUGUCAUCUGAUAUACACAUAAAACAACUCACAUUGUUGGAGUUAACUAAUUAUCCCCAUUUCAUGGUUUUCAGUGGAAAUACUAAGCAACUUAUUGACCCUUGUUUUUGCCUGUGCUUGUAUGCAUGCAUUUUCAAGCAAGUAAUAGAGCGGCCUCAUUUAAAUCUGGAUAAUGCUGGGUUUUACAUAUAGACUGAGUGCUAUAAUCAAAUCUAUUGAUAGUAUCUGCCGUUCUUUCAGAAUUCCAGGGAAAUAAUAUAACGACCUGAUAUUUUUCUACAGGAAUAUUUUCAGACAUUAUAUAGCACGUUACUGAUUUAAUGCUUUUGCUUUUAUCUCUCAAAACAAAUUCACUAAAAAUAACACCUAUUGAUUUUGAAGUCACUUUUCUCAAACCUUGAAAAUGAGCUCUAGGAUCUCUAUAAAGAUUUCUAACACUUUUCCUGUAGUUUACACAGACAGACAUCUAUUGUUAGACCUGUGUGUUUUUAAAGAAUCAUAUGUUAACAAAUACCCAUGCAAAGAGCUUCAAAAAGUGAAACCGUGUUAAAGGAACACGAUUUUACUCACCCAGACAUAUUUGUUUAUUGAAUUGCAAAGUUUUAUUUUAAAUCAGCAUUUCCCCAAAGAAUAUAUCAUAUGACGCUAGUUCCAAGGGGCUUGACUGAGUGGUGUUUUGCUAGGGGGAGACAGGGAUUUGUUAACACGCUUUACUAAAUACUGAGCUGAAAAAUGUUAAACAGAUUUCACGAUUGCCUCCUUGAAGAUUUUAAAGUUCAUUGUGGUUCUGCAAGGGGAAAUCUGGUGAGCCAUUCCUCACACUUACCUACGGGACUCCUUUCUAAUGGAGCAUCUUGUGAAGCUAGUGGUUUUUUUUUGUUUUUUUUUUGGUUUUUUUUUUAAUGCUUUAGAAAACACAGCUUUAGGAUAUUGACUUUUUGUUCAUUUCUAUUUUCAAAUGCUGAAAAGUCAAGUCCCAGCUUGAAUACCAUAGAAAAGCUUUGAUGCAUUUGUAAAUUAUAUUGCACUCUUUCACUACAUAUUUUCAAAAUCACUGGAAUGUUGUUAUACAAGAGAAUUAUAAUUGUGUAUUGUAAAUAACAUAUUAAAAUACAUAUAUUAAUGCCAAUAGUUAAAUUCAACAAUAUGUAAUCUAAGGUGCUCGGUUCUACAUGAAGUAUGAGUUAACUGCUCAUAAUUAAGUUGUCAAGAUUCUAUUAUAUAUUUAUAGACAAAUUAAAAUGAUCAUAAUUACAAAUA